AUGGUGACGAAAGAAUUUAACCAUACCAUCAAUAAGUUAGAAUCGGAUUUCACAGUAGCCACCGAUUUUCUUCAGAAAGGGCAGGAUGACCUUCUAAAGGAACUUGAGGUGGCUAAUAAUAAAAUUAAAGCCCUAGAACUUGAGCGAACUACACUUAAGUCAAAUAUUGAGUCAUUAGAUCGUCGUUUAAUGAGCGUCGAAGAAAUCUCACGAAACCAUAACGUUGAAAUCCAAAUGGUUCCGGAAAAACGUCAUGAAAAUUUACUACAUCUUAUACAAAAACUUUAUGACACCGUGAAUGUAACUCUGGAUACGAACUGCAUCUGUGCUGUUCGUAGAAUUGCUAAAAUAAAUCCAUAG